AUGCUACACCCUUCGAUGGUUAGCGGCGAGGGUGUGUGGUUGGUGUAUGAGAGCGGCAGCAGCGCGGCGUAUAGAUCGCUGCCGGGGUGGCUGCAGGAGCUCACGCUGCGGGGGGGUAGGGUCCCCUCUCAGCAGCAGCAGCAGCAGCAGCAGCAGCAGCAGCAGCAGCAGCAGCAGCAGCAGCAGCAGCAGCGGAAGUGGCUGCAGCAGAAAGAAUUCGAUUGCUGCGAUGAUGUAGAAGUUCAGGCGGAUGGCAGCAGCUUUUGGGGCUGGCGUUUGCGUUGCGGCCUUUGCCCGGUUCUUAUAGUAGCAACAAAAGCAGACAAGCUUGCUGCUGCUGCUGCUGCUGCUGCUGCUCCUGCUGCUGCUGCUGCUGCUGCUGCUGCUGCUGCUCCCCUCACCGAGGCCUCUCGCCCCCCCUUCAAGCCUUCUGACUGCUCACAGAAAAAAACCACAACACUCGCCAGGUGCAGCAGCAGCAGCAGCAGCAGCAGCAGCAGCAGCAGUAGCAGCAGCAGCAGCAGCAGUAGCAGUAAUAGCAGCAGCAGCAGCAGCAGCAGCAGCACAAACAGUAGCGAAAUCCACACAACUUGCAUGCAUCAGCAGCAGCCCAUUCGAGCAACAGCAGCAGCAGCAGCAGCUGCUGCUGCUGCUGCUGCAUCAGCACACGCAUCAGCAGCAACAGCAGCAGCAGCAGCAGCAGCAGCAGCAGCAGCAGCAGCAGCGUUGUGUUUGUGUUUGUUUGUUAGGCUGCUGGGUCGGUACUGUGCAAUCGAGCAAAAGAUAUGGGAGGCCUCUUAUAACCCCAAGUGUAACACCUGCAGCAGCAGCAGCAGCAGCAGCAACAGCAGCAGCAGCAACAGCAGCAGCAGCAGCAGCAGCAGCAGCAGCAGUAGCAGCAGCAGCAGCAGCAGUAGCAGUAAUAGCAGCAGCAGCAGCAGCACAAACAGUAGCGAAAUCCACACAACUUGCAUGCAUCAGCAGCAGCCCGUUCGAGCAACAGCAGCAGCAGCAGCUGCUGCUGCUGCUGCAUCAGCACACGCAUCAGCAGCAGCAGCAGCAACAGCAGCAGCAGCAGCAGCAGCAGCAGCAGCAGCGUUGUGUUUGUGUUUGUUUGUUAGGCUGCUGGGUCGGUACUGUGCAAUCGAGCAAAAGAUAUGGGAGGCCUCCUACAACCCCGAGGAGCAGCAAACAGCGAAGCAGUUGGCCUGCUCUCUUCUCAAUGCGGCGGAUAUCAUGCCGACGGGGGGCAGGGGGGGCAGGAAUGAGGCGUUUUGCUGCAGCGCAGUUUCUGCUGCUCCGUUAUCGAUUGCUGCAGCAGCAGCAGCAGCAGCAGCAAGCAGCAGCAGCAACAAGCAGCAGCAACACGAGCAACCAGCAGUGUUUCUGCUGCUCCGUUAUCGAUUGCUGCUGCUGCUGCAGCAGCAGCAGCAGCAGCAGCAGCAGCAAGCAGCAGCAAGCAGCAGCAACAAGAGCAACCAGCAGUGGAGAACCUUCACCCCUCCCCCUGCCUCGGAGUUGACCCCGUGCCGGGUGUGGGGCGGAGAGGCCCCCAGCAGCAGCAGCAGCAGCCGCUGCAGCUGCGGGCGUCGCUGUGCUGCAUGUCUUUCUGGGGGUUACCUGCGUGCUCUGGAGCCUGCUGCUGCUGCUGCUGCUGCUGCUGCUGCUGCUGCUGCUUCUGCUGCUGCUGCUGCUGCUCCGGGAUGCAGAGCAACAGCAACAGCACCAGCAGCAGCAGCAGCAGCAGCAGCAGCAGCACUCAAACCCCCGCAACGGGCCAGGAGAACCUUCACUCCUCCCCCUGCCUCGGAGUGUACGUACACCGCAAGCAGCCACAGACGCUACAGCAGCACAGACACCCCAAAGACCCUGUUGCAGCAGCAGCAGCAGCAGCAGCAGCAGCAGCAGGAGGAGUGUACGUACACCUCAAGCAGCCACCGACGCUACAGCAGCACAGACACCCCAAAGACCCUGCUGCAGCAGCAGCAGCAGCAGCAGCAGCAGCAGCAGGAGCUGCUGCUUCAGCCUCAUGGACAGCAUCCUAGUUUUUUCUCCACCUUGGCUGCGCCAGCAGCAGCAGCAGCAGCAGCAGCAACAGCAGCAGCAACUGGCUGCUGCUACCCGGGGGACGUCGCUGAGGCCCUUAUCCCAAUGCCAAGAAGUAAGAGGCUUGCUGCUACUGCAGAAAUAAAAAACAAAGAAAACGAAAUCAGAGAAAGAGACACACAAAUUCAGAUGCUGCAGUGCGUGAAGCUGCGUUAUAGUUUGGAUUUGUAUCAGCAGCAAACGAGCUUGCUGCGGGGAGAGCUGCGGAGAGCAGCAGCAGAAAUAAAAAACAAAGAAAACGAAAUCAGAGAAAGAGACACACAAAUUCAGAUGCUGCAGCAAGAGCAGCAGUUGCUGCAGCAACUGCUGCAGCAACUGCUGCUGAUCUGGAUGGCUCAAGUGAAGACGCUGUCGUCGCAGCUGGAUUGGUUGUCUGCUGCUGCUGCUGCUGCUGCUGCUCGGGGAGAGACGGGUCAACCGGCAGCAGCAGCAGCAGAGACUGCAGCAGCAGCAGCUGCUGCUACAACAGCAGCAGCUGCUGCAGCAACAGAUGCGGCAGCAGCAGCAGCAGCUCCUGCUGCUGCUGCAGCAAACGCCCCACAUCAACAAAGGCAGCAGCAGAGACUGCAGCAGCAGCAGCUGCUGCUACAACAGCAGCAGCUGCUGCAGCAACAGAUGCAGCAGCAGCAGCUCCUGCUGCUGCUGCAGCAAACGCCCCACAUCAAAAAAGCAGCAGCAGCAGCAGCAACAGCAGCAGCAGCAGCAGCAGCAGCAGCAGCAAGAGUCAUCCGAUUGUUAAGCGGGAGGCUUCGCCAGAUGUCUCCGCCCAUUCAGAAGCAACUGCAGCACCAUCCACGGCUGCUGCUUCGCUGCAGCAAAUUGGUAGCGACUCGAAGGAUAGGUCAGAGAGCAGCAGCAGCAGCAGCAGCAGCAGCAGCAGCAGCAGUUACCUACCGCAAGAGGAGCAGCAGCCAGCUGCAGGCAGCAGCAGCAGCAGCAGCAGCAGCAGAUGGAGUUAAAGCAGAUGAGGAGCUGCUGCAGCUGAGGGCUGCAAAAGAAAGUUAUGUGAAGCAGCAGCAGGAGUUGCUGCUGCUGCAGCAGCAAGCGCAGCAAACAGCAGCAGCAAUGCAUCCGCUGCUGCAGUUCAAGCGGCGAGCUGCCCGCAAGUUACGUCAGCUAGCAGCAGAGCUGCAGCAGCAGCAGCAGCUUGCUGCAGCAGAAGAGCAGCAGCUGCUGCACAAGGCUCAGGAAGCCGUGCUGCUGCGUGGAGCCCUUCGCAGCAAACGGGAGGAGCUGCUGCGCUGCUGCAGCAGCGACACUUCGCUGCAGCAGCUGCAGCAGCAGCUGCUGCAGUGGGUUGACGAAGCAGCAGCAAGUGCAGCAGCACGCUCACAAGCAGCACGCAGGGGAGCAGCAACUCGAACUGCAGCGCAGCAGCGGCUGCUGCUGCUGCACGCUCACAAGCAGCACGCAGGGGAGCAGCAACUCGAACUGCAGCGCAGCAGCGGCUGCUGCUGCUGUCGCUCUCUGGCAGCAGCAGCAGCAGCAGCAGCGGCAACACUCCUAACCGCCUGCUGCAGGACUCUCCUCCUCUUUCUGCUGCUUCUGCUGCAUCAGCAAACGGGUAAGCAGCAGCAGCAGCAGCAGCAGCAACAGUUGCAGGUUCAGCAGCAGCAGCAGCAGCAGCAACAGUUGCAGGUCCAGCAGCAGCAGCAGCAGCAGCAGCAGCAGGACCAGAGACACUUCGCAUGCAUAUUGCUGCUGAUGCUGCUGCUGUUGCUGGGAGAGCAGCUGCAGCCUGCUGAGCUGCGGAGACACCUGGCGGCUUCGAGGCGGAUUGCGCGGCGGCGGGGCCAGCAGCUGAAGGUCCUUAAAGAGGAGCAGCAGCUGCUGCAGCAGCAGCUGCACUCUUUGCUGCAGCAGCAGCAGCAGCAGCAGCAGCAGCAACCGAUGCAGCAGCUGCAGCAGCAGGAGCGGUCUUCGCAUGAGGAGGUGCAUUUGCUGCAGGUUGAGCUGCAGCAGACGCAUGCAAAAUUGCUGGCAGCAACAGAGGAGGCGGCUGCCUUCCGGCAUUCCUUUGAAGCACUGCAGCAGCAGCAGCAGCAGCAGCAGCAGCAGCAGCAGCAGCAGCAGCAGCAGCAGCAGCAGAACCAGCAUCAGCAGCAGGAGCAGCCAGCUUUCCGCAGCAGCGAUGACUCCCUCCCCCCUUCAGCUGUGCAGCAGCAGCAAGAACAGCAACAGCAGCAACAGCAGCAGCAGCAGCAGCAGCAGCAGCAAGUAGAAACCCUAGAAGCAGAGCUGGAGGAGAUGCGGGCUACGCACAGUUUGCUGCUGUCUCGAUCGGAGACAGUUAUGCAGCACCUAGAGAAAAUUAGGCAGCAGUAUGAGCUGCUGCAGCAGCAGCACGAGCUGCUGCAGCAGCAGCACGAGGAGCAGCAGCAGCAGCACGAACUGCUGCAGCAGCAACAUCAAGAGGUCCAGCAGCAAUUUCAACAACUGCAGCAGCAACACCAUCUGCUGCAGCAGCAACAUCACACCCUGCAAGAGCAGCAUGAGCUGCUGCUGCAGCAGCGGGAUGAGCUGCAGCAGCAACGUCAGCUGCUGCAGCAGCAGCAUGAUCAGCUGCAGCAGCAACACCAAAUGCUUCAGCAGCAGCACCAACAAGUAGAUGAAGGGGGGAAACGCGCAGAGCAGCAGCAGCAGCUCGAAACGGCUGCUGCUGCUGCUGCUGCUGCUGCUGCAGAACACAGAGUUGAGUUGCUGCAGCAGCAGGAAUAUGAACUGCAGCAGGAAGUGCUGCGGCGGCAGCAGCAGCUGCAGCAGUUGCAGCAGCAGCAGCAAACAGAGCAGCAGGAGCUUGAACGGCUGCAGCAACGAGGGACAGUGGAAGCUGCAGCAGCAGCAGCAGCAGCAGCAGAGGGAGAAGCGCAGCAGAAUAUGAAGAGUAAAGAGCUGCAGCAGCAGCUUCAGCAGCAGCAACAGCUGCUGCAGCAGCAGCAGCAGCAGCUGACUGAACGUGAGGCUGCCUUGCAGCAGCAGCUGAAGGAGCUGCAGCAGCAACGCACACAGCUGCAGCAGCAACAGAUGCAGCAGCAGCAGCAAGAACGCGAAAUUAAGAGGCAGCAAGAGCUGCUGGAGGAGCAGCAGCAGCAGCUAAAGGGAAAGGAGCAGCAGCAACAGCAGCAGCAGCAGCAGCGAGAGCUUGAUCAGCAGCAGCUUGCUGCUGCUGAAGACAAGAAAGUAGCGCAGCAGGAGAAGCAGCAGCAGCAGCUGCAGCAGCUGGAGGCGCAGCUGGAAACACAGCAGCAGUUGAUCAAGCAGCAGCAGCAGCUGCUGCAGCAGCAGGAGCAGCAGUUGCAGCAGCAAGAGCUGCAACUGCAGCAGCAGGAGCAGCAGCUGCAGCAGCAGGAACAGGAACUGCUGCAGCGCGACUCUGAAAUGCAGCAGCAGGAACAGCACAGAAGAGAGGAGCUGCUGCAGCAGCAGGUGCAGCAGCAGCUGCAGCAGCUGCAGCAGCAGAGCCAGCUGUUGCAGCAGCAAGAAGAACAGCUGCAGCAGCAAGAGGAGCAGCUGCAGCAGCAGGACCAGCAGCUGCAGCUGCUUGAGCAGCAGCUGCAGGAGCAGGAUCAGCAGCAGCAGCAGCAGCAGCAGCAGCAGGCGGCAACCCUGCCAGGACCAGAGGGUUUGCUGCAGCAGCUGCAGCAGCAGAAUGUGCAGCUGCAGAGCGACGUUCAGACGCUGCAGCAGCAGCUGGAGGCAAGCGGAGCAGCACAAGAGCUGCUGCUGCGGAAGGCUGAGCAGCAGCAGCAGCAGCUGCAGGCAGCAGCAGAGGAGAAAGCUGGUUUGCUGCAGCAUGUUGCUGCAGUGGAUCGCGAAGCAGCAGCAGCAGCAGCAGCAGCAGCAGCAGAAGCAAAACAGCUGCGAGGAAAGUGUGAGGAGCUGUCUAUACAGCUGAGAGAUGCAGAGGAGAACGCAGCAGCAGCAGCAGACGGAGAGCAGCAGCUGCAGCAGGAGGUGCAGCAGAUGCAGCAGGAGCUUGCUGCUCUAACUGAAAGGCUAGCAACAACACAAAGACAAGAGCUGGAGCAGCUGCAGCAGCAGCUGCAGCAGCAGGGGGCAGCAGCAACAGCAGCAGCAACAAACGCACAGUUCACCCGCAUGCAGCAAGUGAUGGACCUGCAGCAGCUGCAGCUGCAGCAGCAGCAGCAGCAACUGCAGCAGCAGCAGCAGCUCAUAGAUGAACUCCAUGCUCAGCAGCAAGAAAGAGAAAAGGAGAUGGCUAAGCGCAGCCGACAGAGUGAGGAGCAGCAGCAGCUGCUGCUGCAGCAGCUGCAGCAGGAGAGGGAGCGAGCUGCAGCAGCAGCAAGACGGCAGCUGCAGCUGCAGCAGCAGCAUCAGCAGCAAACCGAAAGCCUCCGUAUCUCUUUAUCAGAUAAGGAUGAGUUGCUGCAGCAGCAGCAGCAGCAGUGGGAGCAGCAGGAGCAGCAGCUGCAGCAGCAAGCAGCAGAGCUGCGACAUACGCUUGAGCAGCAGCAAAGAAGCAACGAGCUGCUGCAGCAGCAGCUGCAGCAGCAGCAGCACGAAGCAAAAGACGCACGAGAUGCAGCAAGACAGCUGGAGGAUAUAUGUGUGCAGCUGCGGGAGCAGCUGCAGCAGCAGACAGCAGAAUUUGAGUUGCUGCAGCAGCAGCACAGCAGCCUGCUGCAGCAGCACCAGCAGCAGUGUGGCGAGCUGGAGGAGCUGCAGCAGCAGCACAACGAGUUGCUGCUGCAGCAGCAGCUGCUGCAGCAGCAGCUGCAGCAAUCCGCUAGUGAGCUCGCCAGCCUCCAGUCACUGGCAGAGACCAUGGAGCAGCGUGCUGCAGCGUCGUUGCUGCAGCAGCAUGCAGCAGCAGAGCAGCAGCAGCAGCAGCAGCAGCAGCAGAAGGAGCCGGAGCUAGUCGCAUCAGCGUCUGAAAGGGAACAAGAGCAGCAGCAACAGCAGCAACAGCAGCAGCAGCAGCAGCAGCAGCAGCAGCAGCAGCAACUGCAGCAAGAGGAGCAGCAAGAUGCAGCUGAAGGGGAGGAUCAGCAGCAGCCGCAGCAGCAGCAGCAACGCCGGCAGCGGUCCAUAGAGAAGCAGCUGCAGCACAUGCAGCAGCUAUACCAGCAGCUGCAGGAGGACUUUGCUGCAGCGCAGCAGCAGCAGCAGCAGCUGCAGCAGCUGUAUGAACACCAGUCGCAGGAUUUUGUGAAUGCCCAGCAGCAGCAGCAGCAGCAACAGCAGCAGCAGCAGCAGCAGCAGCACGAAAAAGAACUCAAAGCCGUCAAGCUAGAGCUACGCAGCAGCCAGGCAGAAGCAGCAGAAAUAGGAGAGAAACUGGUAGCAACAGAGGAGCAGCUGCAGCAGCUGCAGCAGCAGCUGCAGCAGCAAAUAGAGAGAGAGAGAACAACAGCAGCACAGCAGCUGCAGCGCAAGACGGAGCAGCUAAGAGAAGAACAGCAGCAAAACCAGCAGCUGCAGCAGCAAGCUGCAGCAGCUCAGCUGGAGAAGCAGCAGCUGCAGCUGCUGCUGCAGCAGCAACGCAGCAGACUAGAAGAGCUGCAGCAGCAGCUGCAGCAGCAGAAUGCAGCAGCAGGAGAUAUGAAGGCCGAGCUGUCUGCUGAGGCUGCUAGUCUACGGCAUCAACUGCAGCAGCAGCAGCAGCUGCAGCAACAGCAGCAGCAGCAGCAAGAAGCUGUGCUGCAGCAGCUGCAGCAGCUGCAGCAGCAAGCUGCAGCAGAGGGAGAAGAGCUACAGAAGCGGCAUGCGCAGCAGCAGCAGCUGCUGCAGCAAUCGCUGCAGCAGGCGCAGCAAGCAGAAGCAGAGAGCCGAGCAGCACUGCAGCAGGAGGUAUCCCGUUUGCAAGAGCAGCAGCAGCAUCUGCUGCAGCAGCAGCAGCAGCAUGCAGCAGCACGAGAGGAGCGGCAGCAGGCGCACAGUCGAGCUGCGCAUGCGUCUUGA